GGUUGAGUGACCCCGAGGCGAGCAAGGCUGGGCGGCGCGGUACGUCGGAGGCGAUGUGUACUUUCGCUUUUACUUUCUCCCCGGACUUUCUUCCCAACAAAGGCGGCUGGGUGCUGGCGUAUGGAUGAUUGGAUGAGGGUGCGGGUGUCUGUCUGAGUAGCUCCCUGACAUGGAGGGGAACCAGCAGUUCUGUUUGAAGUGGAACAAUUAUCAUGUCAACAUAGCCAACUCAUUCGACUCUCUACGAGUGGAUGAGGACUUUGUGGAUGUCACACUGGCCUGUGAUGGCUUUCACAUGAAGGCUCACAGAAUGGUUCUCUCUGCAUGCAGCCCUUUCUUCAGACAGCUGCUUAAGUCCAACCCGCACCCGCACCCAAUCGUGAUCCUGCGAGAUGUGAGCCAGCAGAACAUGGUGCUCCUGCUCGACUUUAUGUACCAUGGUGAGGUUAAUGUGGCCCAAGAGCAGUUGGCUGAGUUCCUCAAGGUGGCGGAGCUGCUCAAGGUCAAGGGCCUUGCUGACGACAAGCGGGAAGAGGGCAGCGGCUCCAACGGACAGUCCAGCCGAGUGGCCACCCCUAGUGCGUCGCCGGCGGCGUCCGGCGCCCCGCCCGCCGAGGAGCCGCCGCCGGCCAAGCGCCCCCGGCUGCCGUCGCUGGUGCACGCGACCGCCGCCACGCCCGCCUCGCAAGCGCCGCCUCUCUUUGACCCCAGCGCCGUUAAGCGUGAGGCGGCUGAGAGCCACGCCCCAGGUUACGCGCCGGCCGAGAGAGGGGGCGAUGAGCACCUGCGUGUUCUGCCUCAAACUAGUCUGGUCGGGGAGGAGGGCGGCGCCCUACUGCCCGCAGAAGUGUCCAUAGAGGACGUGGAGCAAACAUUACCUGCCGAAGCUAGUCGAGGUCAGUCGGUGACCGGCGCCGGCCCUUCCUCCCUGCCGUUCGAGGCCAGCUCCGACCCGCUGAGUCGGAUGUUGACCUGCCCCCACUGUCCCCACCUCUCCAGCAACUACGGCAAGCUCAAGGCCCACAUCGGCAAGGUUCACUUCCCCGUGCCCGUUAGCUGCACCGACUGUGGCAAGGUCUGCAAGAACAAGUACGCCCUGCAGGUGCACAAGAGCAAGUACCACCGACGCAGCUGGAAGCCUCCAACGCCGACGCUGUUUGGUCCAAACCCUUGAGCCAGCCGGCAGCAGUUACCAGUGUCCAAUGUUACCAGUUAGCAGUCCCCGCCGCCACCAGUUACCAGCCCCACUCCGUCACCAGCUGCCAGUCCUGCGCCGUCCUCAGUUAUCAGUUACCAGUGCCGCCGCUGCCAGUCACCAGUCCCCGCCGCUGCCAGUCACCAGUCCCGCCGUCACCAGUCACCAGUCCCGCCGUCACCAGUCACCGGUCCCGCGCAGUCCCCAGUUACCAGUCCCGCGCAGUCCCCAGUUACCAGUACCGGACCCACACCGCCCCCAAUGACCUUCGAUGCCGGCACGCCUCACAGUCCCAACUAUCAUCACCGCCCUAACUCACCAAUCCCCGCUAUCAACAGUUGUCAGUCUCUGCCGUCACUAGUUACCGAUUCCCGUUGUUACCAGUCACCGGUCCCCGUCGUUAGCAGCUACCGGUCCCUACCGUUACUAUUUACCAGUCCCACGUAAUCAGUAGCUGCCACUUACCUGUCCCACGGCGUCACCAGUUACCAGUCCCACACCGCUAACAGUUACCAGUCACAGUGUCACCACUUACCAGUCGGUUCAAAGAUACUCAUGGUCCGCUCAUCGGCGGCGUGACCCAGCCGAUGGCAGGCGAACACAACGCCAGACAUUCGCUGGGCGAAGCGGAGCGGCCGUCGGCGCCGGAAGAAGCAGCCACGUCGCAUAUAGAGCCGUUCUUCGACUCGACCUAGACACUGGGCGAUGUAACGGGCCAGGCCACGAAACGCCGCACGGGAGAUGAUAGUGUUUGAUUUUAGGUUAUGGGUGCGGCGCGGCUAUGAGGAGAACUUGUGUAGUAUGAAGUCUGAGCAGCCGCGGUGGAAUUUCCUAGUGUUGCGCGCGCCGCCGUGACGUUGGUCGCGCGGGCCAUUGAUUCUCCGUGCACGGCGGCCAUGCUCAACGGUGCGAGUCGCCUUGGCGGUGCCUUCAGUUGUCUUAAGUCGUAAUGUCGUGCUGCUCAAGCGUCGCUGUGUUGGUGAUGCUUGCGAGUUCGGCUGAUAGCUGUUUUGUUCGAGUCUUAGUUGUUUUUUUUUCUUUUGAUUUAUAAUGAUGGCUUGGACCAAUUAUCCGUGUUGGAAUGUCGUUCCCGCCCACGAUUACUAUGUGACUCAAUUUGUGUGCAUCAUGCAAACAUUUCCCAUGCCUGAGCGCCAUUCUGGCUUUUGCGUAUGGCGUCAAGGUGAGCUUUAUCCUCGGCGUUAUGGAAGCAUUUCUUUGCAAAACUAUUGCUUUCCUUCUUUACACCUGGUUCACAAGCAACGUCUGCUAGCAACAAGGAUGUGGGUCAAAUACCUCAAAGCUCAUUGUUCCAUGGAAAACUUCGUUUUCAAUGUCAGCACAUUGUACUUGGCUUAAGGUAACCAGAGGCAGUUGAGUGCACACUGCUGAAAAGGGUACAUAUGUUUCAGUCAUUUGUGACAUGAUGUGCACUGACAUGUAUACACUGCCUCAGUAUAACGUGUGCCUGGAUGCAACUGAAGUUACCAGCCUUUAGUCAUGCCGUGAGACGAAUGGUGCUUAGAAUAACGUUCAGCUCGACUAACGAUGUGAUGAUGUAGUCAACCAUACUCAUAUCGCGUUCGGGCGGAUCCUGCCUCUGAUUCCGACUGCGAACAGAUUUGUGAUACGCUACAUGAUGAGUCCGUUAUGGGAUGUGUAAUUGUCAGUACCAGUCGUUACCAUAUUUUAACUCGUGCGGGUAGUCAACAGUGUAUUAAGCAGUGCGUAUAACACCGUAGCGACACUAGACGCGAGUACGACAUGCUCUCUGGCGUACUGUGCAUGCCGGCCUCUGCCGUGGCUGGCUACGGAGCGAGUGUGACAUGCUCCCUGCCGUGGCUGGCCACGCGGCCCAGCAGGAUAUUAGCUAGCUGUGGGGCGGCCUCACUCGCCGUGCGCCGCUCCGGCGAGAGUCUUUCCAGAGCCUGCGUGCGCCAAUACACGGGCAGGAGGUCGCUCUUUGACUGUUGCC